GAUGGGAAGGGCGUUGAUGGAACCCUGUUGGCUGAUGCCAGUGCCAAGGAGCCGUUGCCUGACGACCAGAAGGAGGGCGGCAAGUGGCAGAAGCCUCGGAUCUCCCGCAAGUCACUGAUGAAAUGCUGCCUGGUCAAGUGGAUCAUCGCUAGCACUGCACCACAGGGACCAGAUGACAUCAGUGAGAGUGAACUGGAGAUGGCCACCGUCAGACACCAGCCUGAGGGACUAGACCAGCUGCAGACCCAGACCAAGUUUACCCGGAAGGAGCUGCAGUCGCUCUACAGAGGCUUCAAAAAUGAAUGCCCAAGUGGUCUGGUGGAUGAGGAAACCUUCAAGAUGAUCUACUCCCAGUUCUUCCCCCAAGGAGAUGCCACCACGUACGCACACUUCCUUUUCAACGCAUUUGACACAGACCGAAGUGGCUCAAUUCGCUUUGAGGACUUUGUGAUAGGUCUGUCAGUGCUCCUCAGAGGCUCAGUGAAUGAGAAGCUGAGGUGGGCCUUCAACCUUUACGACAUCAACAAGGACGGCUACAUCACCAAAGAGGAGAUGCUGGCCAUCAUGACGUCCAUAUAUGACAUGAUGGGCAGGUACACAACCCCCAGCGUCAAAGACGACGCUCCGUUUGAACACGUCGAGAAGUUCUUCCAGAAAAUGGACAAGAACAGAGAUGGAGUCGUGACCUUCGAUGAAUUUAUAGAAACGUGCCAGAAGGAUGACAACAUCAUGAGUUCUAUGCAGCUGUUUGAGAAUGUCAUCUGAAGCGUGUCGUCCUGCUCUGCAAACACCUUUAAUUCCUACUCUCCCCUGCACUCCUCUCCUGCUCCCUUUUUCUGGACCCAGGCGUUGCAUGGGAUUCCAGCCACUAGGGGGAGCCGUCCUCUGUAUGACGAGAGAUGGGAGUUGAGGGGAACUGAUACUAUGGACUUUCCUAUUCAAAAUACAGGAGAGAUGCUUGGCUAACAUCACUCCCACUAUGGACUGUGGACGAAAAAUAGAUUACAAAAACUGAGGACGGACGGACUAUGGAAGACUUAACUUGUUUGCAUGCUUGCCUGAAAUUCUCAUAAGGAGUUUUACGCUAAUGUGUAACCUUUACUCCUCUGCAGCUGUAGAAAUGAUAUAUGCACUAUUUCCUUUAUGAAGCACUCUACUUAAUCUUUUGCGCUAAAUCUGCUGUUAAUCAUAACUGCAUUGAUACUUUAUGUUUAUUUGCUAUAUUUCUGUUGCAUGAUGCUGUGUCAGUGUUGAACAGUAGCACUGACUACUGUGAGAUGCCCUCAGAUGAAGGCAGAUCAAGUAUUUUAAUGUAAUAUUUUUUGAAUUAUAUGCACAGUGAUUAUACUUAAAUGCAUGACUUGAUCUUUGGAUGACUCUGAACAGUUGUGUGUUUUGUUUGAAAUGGGAGGCAAUGAGCAAGUGUAUUAAAGUCCUGCUUCCAUGACAACACCAAA